AGCGUCCACUACCUCCAGUAUACACACUCCAAAACAGAAGCGUCGCCUUCAGAUCCAGCAGCAAUGAGGCUGGCUUUGGUCCUCUCCUUCCUCUCAGGUGCCUGCUCUGCUGUUGUCUGGGGUCCAGGGGAGGUGAGGGUCUUGGUGGGUGACAGCGUGACUGUCCCCUGUAGAUAUAUAGAUUAUGAUAAGAAUGAGAAAUACUGGUGCAAAGGAAAAAUACCACUGCCUUGUAGAGUUUUAGUGAAGACUGAUGGCACCACCAAUGACAAAAGAAUGUCGAUUAGAGAUAAUAAAACAGAGAGAGUGUUCUCUGUAACUAUGAAGGAUAUGAGAGAGGAGGACGAUGGAUGGUAUCAGUGUGCAAUAUCAACACCGGGAAUUUUCAGUAAUGAAAGGAGUCCAGUGUACAUCGGUGUCACAAAAGACCAGCCUCCAGGGAGUGUGAUAGGCCAAACCAAAGGAAAAGUAACAGUCCGGUGUAAAUAUCAGAAAUCAUACACUGACCAUGUCAAAUACUGGUGCAAAGGAAACUUUCGAAUUUCAUGUUCCACCCUGGUGAAGACCGGGGACUCAGAUACUCAGAGCCGGAUCUCUAUCAGAGAUGAUAAAGCAGAGGGAGCGUUUUACAUCACAACGACGGACCUCACCAAGGAUGAUCAGGGGUCUUAUAUGUGCGGGAUAUCAAAAAGUGGCUUUGAUGAAAGUGUCCCGGUGUAUGUUCAAGUGAAUGAAGGUGCGACCAUACCAGAUCUCUGGGGCCCAGUGAAUGUAAUUGGGCAAGCAUCCAGCAGUAAAACAAUCAGCUGUCAGUAUUCUGCAGAUUACACCGAUAGUGUUAAAUACUGGUGUAAAGCAAAUGGUGUGAAGGGAUGCAGCCCUGUGGUGAACACUGAAAAUAAAGAGAGAAAAGACAGAACCCAGAUCAGAGAUGACCGUUCCAACAGACAGUUCCUGAUCACCAUCAGAAGCCUCACAGCACAGGACACUGGCGCGUACUAUUGUGGAGUGAAGGGACAUUCCUCCCUCAGUGACAAACGGGUUCCGGUGCACCUGAAUGUUGAAGCAGGUGCGACCAUACCAGAUCUCUGGGGCCCGAUGAAUGUAAUUGGGCAAGCAUCCAGCAGUAAAACUAUCAGCUGUCAGUAUUCUGCAGAUUACACCAAUAGUGUUAAAUACUGGUGUAAAGCAGAUGGGGUGGAUGGAUGCAGCCCUGUGGUGAACACUGAAAAUAAAGAGGAAGAAGACAGAACCCAGAUCAGAGAUGACCCUUCCAACAGACAGUUCCUGAUCACCAUCAGAAGCCUCACAGCACAGGACACUGGCGUGUACUAUUGUGGAGUGAAGGGACAUUCCUCCCUCAGUGACAGACGGGUUCCGGUGCACCUGAAUGUUGAAGCAGUAGGAAAACCAGAAAAGGGGAAUUGGAGGUCAACAGAAAAACAAGAAGGACCAGCAAUAGCAAAGAAUCCUCCGAAUUUCCUCCCUGAUAGGGGGGCUUCAUUCCCGCUGCCCACUCUCGCCAUUUCCGCCGGAGCUCUUCUGCUGCUCUGCUGUGUGGCCGCUGGCAUCGCAUGGAAGAUCAAACGUAAAAUAAGACCAGCUGUGGAAGACAAAAAUGAAAAGCCCCCAGGAGUCACUGAAGCGACCUAUGCUGAAGUUCUGACCAAUGACAGCACACAGGAGCCGAGUGACGUGGUUUACUCCUAUGUGAAUCCACACCAGUGCUCACAGAGUCCUCCCCCACAGGACCAAGUUGUGUACUCUACUAUUAACUGUUGAAAGGCCCAUUUUUAGGCAUUUUAGACAAAAACUGCCAGACAGCCACUCCACACUCACCAGAAUUGCCUCAUGCUGAGAUUUUAUUUAAAAUAAAAAAAAUUAAAAAAUGUAAUGUCAUUUUGUUUCUUAUUCAAACCUGGGUCAAAUUUUAUAUGGCGACCUGCUAACAUUCGAAAACAGUUGUUCAGUUGUUCCCUGAGAAUUUUUACCAAAAUGUGUCCCUCAUCAAAACGUGUAAUUACAUAAGCCUUAUAAUUAUAUGAAAAUGUCAUUAUAUGGAAAUUCGAAUUAUAUGAAAAUAAGGUUCAUUUUCUUCUGAAUGUUUUGCAAAAAAAGAUGUUGCUUUUUAAAUUGUCAAUGGUCUGUAGGAGUUUCACUGCUGGCUGAACGGUGAAAGUAUUUGACCCUGGUGUGCUUGCUGUGAGAGUACUGCAUUAUAAAUCUACACCCAAAAACAGUUUCAGUAAUGUAAUACCAUUUCAGCUUUACAUGCAAGAAAAUGACUGCAACAGAGCAAUGAACUUCCAAAUUAGUUUUACAUGCAAACCAAUUGCUGUAACAUUGCGGGAAUGUAAAUCUGACACCUGAGUUCCAUCCAUCCAUCAUCUAUACACACUUAUUCCUGGUCAGGGUCGUGGGGGGUGCUGGAGCCUAUCCCAGGAUGCAUUGGGCGAGACACAGGAAUACACCCUGGACAGUUUGCAGGUUCACCGCAUGGCAUAACCUGUGUUGCAAUUUAAUGGAAUUCAGAAAUAAGGGAUAUCCUGGUAAUUUGAUAGUUUGCACGUUUUUCACUGUUACUUGGUUUUGAAUACAGCCAUUUAACAGGAGUUCUUCAUAUUUGGAGAAAAUUGGUUUGGUACAUUGACAAAACAUGUAUAAAUUAGAAUAUAAAACCCCCUCAUUGGUUGACUGCUUUUAAGUUACAGAACAUUGCAGUCGCAUGAAGGAUUGUAAAUAACCAUUUCCUCAAUGUCCAAAUUCAUUUUUUAACUAAACACAGAAAUCACA